CUUUAAUUCUUCCGAUAAUGAUAAUCUACAUUCUAAGAUUGAAGGUUUGUCUAAUUUCACGCUAAAGUUAACGUCCGUGUAAAGGUCUUUUAUUGAAAUAUAAAGAGUAAUUACCAAAAAUCAUUCCAAAUUCAAAAAGACAUGAAACUAUAGAAAAUAAUCAAAACUAAAUUACUUCAAAUGACACCAACUGCGAUGGUUACUAACAAACGGAAUCCAAACUAUAUUCAUCCGAAUCGUCGAGCCUCGGUACGUGUCAGUACCUCACAACCACAGCUAGGAUACAACACAAAUGGCAACAGCAGUAACGCAUCCAGUUGUGGCAGCGGUAGCAAUUCUCGUUCAUCACUACGCCAAAAUAUUGCAACUGUAAGUGGUAGUACCGCCAAUGUCAGUGCCACUGGCAGUGGAAAUGGCAAUCAUUUACUUCAGCAAAAAUAUCAAAGCACUUGCGAACAAGGCACACAAACGCCCGCAUCCAUAAGUCGAGAGACACGGCGACAUAAAUUGAAAUCAUUCAAGUUUCCUUUUAAUAGUGUCCCAACGCCAGCACUGAAUUUGCGGUAAGUUCGAAAUUGCGUUGUAAGUGCACCGUGUUUGUUAGUUAGUAUG